ACGUAGCAGGAACGGAACGAGAGACGGCUUGGUCAGCAGGAAGAUACAGACAGUAUUACCGUAGUGUCCUGGACGUGAAUGCACUCAGUGGGCUUUGUUCGGAUUUGUGUCGAUGGUGAUUUUUGUGGUGACCAAACGACGCGCGUGAGGUGCGUCUUCUGACCUGCUAUAUGCAGUCCUUUUUCGUUAGGAAGCCCAACAUCCCAGUGCAUGAACCUCGCAUUCGGCCAGGCACGUGGGAGGAACCAACAUGUGAGCACAGGGUUGCGCCCCCACUCGCCCAUACCAGGACCUUGCAGCACACCAUUUCCCAAAGAAGCUCGGAGGACAGCUGGUGUUCGGGAUCCGAUCCGGAUCUGUCAUCCGACGAGGAAAGCGAUAGAAGCGCCGCCUCCGGCAGGAGCAAUGGUCAGUUGCGCAACACGUUGAACAAAGCACGCACGCUGUGCGACAAGUGGCGGGGCAGCACCGGGGGCGGCAUCAUAGGCGCCGGCAACAGGUUGUCGCUGGACGGCAGCGCCCUGCCGGGCGACACGUCCCCCCAGAACCACGGCCGCCUGUCCAGGUGGUUCUCCAUCAGGAGGGGAAACAACCACCAGUAUGACAUCGAGAACGCCGACGCUCAGAGGGCGGCACAGGGCAACAAGAUGCCCCAGCUACCGGAGGUGGAAGAGGAGACAGGCUUCCAUUUCCCGAAUUGCACCCCCUCCCAAAGGCGGCAAGUGCCUCCUAGUUUGCCACCAGCACCCCCAAACUUAACCCCGCAGCAACUUAAAAGGAGGAUGAUCGUUGCUGCAAUUGUACAUAGUGAGAAUUCAUAUAUCGCCACUCUUCAGAGGCUCGUAAAUGACUACAAAAAACCACUCGAAGAGAGCAGUCCGCCAGUGCUCAGCGGUUCAAAAAUCUCCACCCUCUUCCACAGACUACCAGAGAUACUACAGUGCCAUACUUUGUUCAGGAUAGCUUUAGCGGAAUGUAUAAGGAAUUGGGAUCGAGAUGAGAGGAUAGGGGACGUUUUUGUAGCGUCAUUCUCAAAGGCUAUUGUGCUGGACAUUUACAGUGGUUUUAUCAACAACUUUUCCGUUGCUAUGGACUUAGCAAAAAUGGAAGCAAAACGAAAAUCUGCACUGGCAGAUUUUUUGAAGGUGAAGCAGAUCAGUUCACAUGAUCGGUUAUCAUUUUUUGGACUAAUGGUAAAACCAGUGCAGAGAUUUCCACAGUUCAUAUUAUUUCUACAGGAUCUCUUAAAACAUACUCCGCAUGGCCAUCAUGAUAGGAUGUCCCUUCAGUUGGCCCUUACCCAACUCGAAUCUUUAGCAGAAAUGCUAAACGAGAGAAAAAGAGAGGCUGAACAGUAUCAAGCAUUCAAAGAAAUGUUGCGUAACAUUAGCGGAAAAUUCUCCGCCAGGCCGCUUUCCGACAGCAACAGGUACUUGCUUAGGGAGGACAAUGUAUUGCAAUUGGAAUACAGCCAAAAUGGCAUGGUAACAAAAGCAAAAAGCCGAAGACUGCUUCUUCUGAACGAUUUAGUUGUUUGCGUGUCAGUUGCCGCUAAAUCUUCAGACGAUUUCGGCGCGAGCGAAAGGUUGAGUUUGAAGUGGACUCAUCCUGUUUCUGAAAUCGAAAUCCAAGAUACAAGCACCUCUCCUACACUCAGUCGAAUUUUGACCUCGAAUCAACCCAAAGGAGGCAGCAUCAAAUCUAAUGGUUCUUUUGAAGGCAACCAACCUCAAGACGCUAACAAUUUGUGCACGGAAAUGAGCAAUUUGAUGCACGAUUAUGAGGUCAUGAGCAGAAUAAACGACCUCACCGGCCAGUUGAAGGGCACUUACAAGGAGAUUAACGUGGAAAAUACCAGGAAGAUCCUCCAACAAAUCCAGAGCUCUAUCCAACAAAAAGACGAAGAGAUGGCUUGGGUGGACUCGUGUUGUCUGCAAUUAGUCGUCAAAACCAAGGGCAAAGAAGAAACGUACACCUUCCAAACUGACAAUCCAUCCAUAAAGAGAGAAUGGAUAACGGAGUUGAGAUUGGCACAAUUAGCUCUGGACCCUAACAAUUCGCCGGCGUGGGAAGUACCUGAGCAGGAGCAGAGGCCCUCCACGAAAAUGCCGCUUUUCGUCAAGUCGCAGACAGUUUACUCGUCACAGCAUCAAACCGAGGUACGCUGUGGAUGUUACUAUACUGUAACUUUACCGAAAACAGCAAGGAGGAGGCAUCGGACUCAGAACUACUUGUGGAUCUGUACCACAGAUGGCGCCAGUAGUCACAUAUCCGUGUUGGCUCAGCACCCACAACAGGCCGGCGUCUUGAAAGAUCUGAUCUCGUUUUCUUUGGUCGAGACGCAAGUCACCGCCAUGGAGUUUGUAAAAGGUUCUAAUCUGCCCUGCCCCAAUCUGGCGACAGACAUGGUGUGGGUGGGCACCGACCGGCACAGAUUGUUGCUCUACGCUGCCGACGAGCCUGAGAAACAGGAGGAAAUAGCAAAUGCCAAUGUCCCUGAUGUUGUAACGCAAAUCAAAUACCACUGUGAUAAUGUAUUCGUAGCCCUGGCUAAUGGCAACUUGUGUGUAUAUAGGAAGAAUCCCAUAGACGGCACCUGGCUGCUCCAGGACCCGCAGAUCUUAAGUUUAGGGACCGAUGCGGUCUCCUGCCUCUUGCCCAUAAACUUGUGUAUAUAUGCUGCUUGCGGGAAGAAAGUCUGGGUGCUAAACGGAUUGACCGGAGAGAUACAGAAGAAUUUUACCAUACAGCACGAACACGUCGGCAAUGUGAACUUGAUGGCGCACAGUGGCAUUGGGCUGUGGAUUUCCCAGAAAAAUUCCAGCACGAUUUGCCUCUACCACACCGAGACGUUCAAACACCUGCAGGACAUCAACAUAGCGUCGAUUGUCAUGAGGGUUAACGGAACUACAGGUCCCAGAGACUCCGUCAACAACAACAGGCCACUGGUACUUGUCACGGCACUUCUGGCUUGUAAAGGCCUGCUAUGGGUAGGCACCAAUGUCGGCAGAGUCCUAACGAUCCCUCUGCCUCGGUUAGAAGGCGUUCCCAUCAUCAGCGGGAGAGUUAAUGUCUCUUAUCAUGCUCAUUUCGGACCAAUUUCGUUCCUGUUGGCACUCCAACCAAAGAAUUACAGUAACAGCUCUCUGAAGGCGUCGUUUAAGGAGAGUAAAGAGGAAGCAAAAGCAGAAACUGAGAGUUUGGACAACAGUUUCGUCGAAAAGUCUGAAGAAAGUAGUCCCCGGCCUAAGAUGGAGAAGCAGCUAUCGGACAGUUCUAUGCAAAGUAUGUCGGCAAAGCUAAAAUACUUGGCCAGUAGUCCAGUGGUUUUGAGGAGGAGGAGGUCCAAAGAGAAUGACAUGGCCCGAAUGUCAAAGACACUGCCAAGAGGUCUCGGCAACGGGGGCUCCAUCUUCUCAACUUCGAGCACCUCCUCUCAAAGCUCGGGAGACACCAACAACGUCUACGGCCUAUACAGCGACUUGAUGUACGUAAAAGACUACGAACGCGAGGAUAACAUCCUCACAGAUCCGGUCUACGAGUCGCUCAGGAGGAGCGAUCCCGAACUGGCCGCCAUCCCCAACAAAGUCAGCACCCUGGAUAGAAGACUGAAAAUGAAGGUAUCGCGACCGCGCUCCCUCGACCUAUCCAAUUGGUCGGUAGACUCUCGAUCGUCGAGCUUGUGUACCUCCUCGGGUUCGGAAGAGAGCAUGGCCAUGCGGUUGAACAACCUGGGGAGGAGCGUCUCCCGGAAUAACUCCAACGCCUCGAGGCAACUAAAUGGCGUAUGUGAAAAUAGUGCUAGUACCGUCUUAGAAAAAGAAACGUCUGUAGCGGAGAAAUCCGCUGUGGUUGUAAAUAAACCAACGAACACAAAGACUUUGAGUAAGAGCAAGAGUAGUGCUUUUGAUAAUGCGCGGAGGACUGUCAUAACGUUGAUGGGUGGACGGGGCUAUGUGAAUUGCAGGCAACCGUGCUGCCUGGCGGACAGAAGCAAGCAUGUGUUCACUGGAAAGGAUACUAAUAGUAAUGACGCUCAUAUCGUUAUAUGGGAACUUAAAUUGUGAUUUGGUAAUUAUUGUGAAAAACUAUUUAGUAACUUGCGCGCUUUCAAUUUUGCCAGUUGUACAAAGAGAUGAUUUUUAAAUUCUAGAAAUGGGACGUGUUGGAAUAGUGUGUACAAGUUACUACUUAGCAUUUUUUUAAUUAAAGAAAACGCACCUUUCGCCUUAAAGUGUAAUACAAUCGGAUUUUCAAGUUUCAAGAAAUUGUUGGAAACACAAGAAAAAUAUGUUGUACGAUUUAAAGUUCAUUGAAAACGUAAUUUUGUUAAAAUUGUAGUUUAAAAUGAUAAAAUUUUCCGUUUGCAUUGCACUUCGCGGCAGAUGUUGUAUGUGUAUCUUAAAUAGCGUAAUAUAAAAUAAAUGUCAUAUUUUUAUGGACUCCUUUAAUUUAUAAGAAAUUUUUAAGUUUAUAUUUUUUAAUUUAUUUGUUGUCGAACCAUGUUUUAAUUUAUUUAAAGUGUCGUCCCCGGCGCAUAGACCCCAUACACACACAUACACACAAACAAUAUUUUCUAUUAGGGACUGUAUAUUUUAUAAUGAUGUGUUCUGUUAUUUUUUUAUGAUAGUUGCAUGUUUAACUAUAAUAAAUUUAUUACUGUUCACUGUGUUAUAUCAGAGCAUCUAUUAAAAUAAAGCCUGAAAAGAC